AUGAGUAGCUUUCAAAUGUUGAUUGUGUUUCUCUUGGCUCUGUUACUCUGCAAUUCAUGUGCUCCUGUCUACUCCUACACCACCAUGCCCUCUUUCUCAAACCCUGAAGAGGGUGAAUACAUGAUGGACAACGAAGAAUACAUGGACAGCGAAGCCAAACCAUGGACAACACCAGCCAGCAACCAGCAUAUGCCGCAGCUGUCUCUUCAAUUUAUGCCAAGCAAGACUCCACAACUGGCGGGAUCACCACCACCGGCGUCAUUCUUCUUCUCAUCACCGCCACCACCAUCAUCACCACCGCCACCACCGUCGUCAUUCCUCUUCUCCUCACCGCCACCACCAUCGUCACCACCACCGCCACCGUCGUCGUUCCUCUUCUCCUCACCGCCACCACCGUCACCACGACUGGGUUCAUUCUACUUCUUCUCUCCUCCACCUCCUAGCCCUGCUCGUACUCCUAAACUUCCAAGGUCUAUGGGCCCGUUAACAAUUCCAGCACCACCGUUUCUGCUUGCUUGA